UUUAAAAAAAUUUGAGUCGUUCAGUUUUUAUCAAGUUGCAACACUAUUUUGGCAUCCCAAAAUUUACUAAUUCAAGAAACAGGAUGGCAUGUUUGACUUAUCAUACAGCUAUUAUACUUCUGUGUAUAAUAGCCUCCAAUCAUCACACAAUUACAGGUUCGGUAAAUUUGAAAGCUGGUCCCGAAACCGUCCUUUUCGAAUUGUUUACACGGAACAAUCCGGAUGUAGCACAAGUUCUCCAAGUGGACGACAUCGCUGUACUGGAACAGUCAAACUACAAUACCAGUCUUCCAACGAAAAUUUUUGCACACGGAUGGGUUGGAUUUCCAGAUCAAGGCUAUUCCUCCAAAAAUGAAUACCUGUUACGAGAAGACUGCAAUUUUAUUUCGGUGGACUGGUCUAUCCUAGCUGCCGGGGACUAUACAUUUGUCGCUAUCAAUAAUGUUCCUGUUGCUGGGGCUGCUACUGGAGCCUUCGUGGAUUUUCUCGUUAACCAAGGAACACCACUGAGCUCAUUUCAUCUUAUUGGGUUCAGCAUGGGGGCCCACGUCGUUGGUAACGCUGGAGGACUUUUAGUUUCUGGAAAGUUGCCAAGGAUCACUGGUCUAGAUCCCGCUGCAAAUGACUUUCCUCUGGAAUCCUUGGACACUCGUCUUGACACAACUGAUGCGUCCUUUGUAGAUGUCAUUCACACUAGCAGUGUUGCUUUUAUUAGUGCAACAGGACACGCUGAUUUUUAUCCCAACGGCGGAGUUCUUCAGCCUGGUUGCCCAGUUCCUGAUUCUGGAUGUUGCAAUCAUUGUCGUGUUGUGGAUUUGUAUGCCGAAUCCAUAAACACUCAAUUGGGUUUCAAUGCAUUUGCGUGCGAUUCCUGGGAAAAUUACCAAAGUGGUUACUGUAACCAGAACGCUCAGGCACAAAUGGGGGAACGUGUUUCAGUCAAUGCGCAGGGUCUUUAUUACUUAGCCACAAACAGCCAACCACCGUAUGCGCAAGGAUGAACGGAAGUUGAGAUAAGUUUUGACGAUUUUAUUAUUGGGUGUAGCUUAAGCUUCGGUAAUCUCUAAUAAAGCGCUAAAGCGGCGGGUCUAAAGUUU